AUGAAUUCAGAAGUGGUUUGCAUCGUUAUGUUAAUUCUUUGCAUCAAUACCGAUGCAACAAGAUAUAAUUUACCAAUAAACUGUCAACUUCAGCCAGAUAAAGGACUAUGUCGGGCAGCAAUAUAUCGUUAUUAUUACAAUGUUUCUAUUCAUGAAUGCGAACUUUUUCUUUAUGGUGGAUGUCUCGGAAACGGAAACAAUUUCGAAUCCUUACAGGAAUGCAGCGAUUAUUGUUCUGCAACUAUGAAUUCAGAAGUGGUUUGCAUCGUUAUGUUAAUUCUUUGCAUCAAUACCGAUGCAACAAGAUAUAAUUUACCAAUAAACUGUCAACUUCAGCCAGAUAAAGGACUAUGUCGGGCAGCAAUAUAUCGUUAUUAUUACAAUGUUUCUAUUCAUGAAUGCGAACUUUUUCUUUAUGGUGGAUGUCUCGGAAACGGAAACAAUUUCGAAUCCUUACAGGAAUGCAGCGAUUAUUGUUCUGCAAAAAAUUUAGAUGAUCUACCAAAACCAAGUGGUAAAAACAGUCAAAAGUGGUAGCUGGUCACGGGUUGGAACGUCAUCAGCUGACUAGGCUCAUUGAGUUUUUACGUCUUUUUCGUGUGUUUUACUCGUUAAAUAAAGUCGGUUUCUCAUAGAAAGUCCUUUCG